GAGAGUGCAAGGAGGCAGCAGAGUGUAGGCGAGCACACAGUGAUUCUCUCUUGCGAUGGAUCUGCGGCCACCGAUAGAUGAGAAACAAAGAAGACGAUGCUCAUCGGUGCUGCCGCUGAUCUGCAUAUCUAUCAGUCAGCUUCUCCCUCUCUCCACCUGCAGCACCGACUCGAUGGCAGUUCAUGAGCAGCAGUCGGCGUCACGGCCACGGCCACGGCGGCAUCAGCCGCCUGCAUUCUUCAACCUGCUGCAGCCUUCUGCAAGGCCCGGGGUGAGUGAGCCCUUGAGAGAGACUCAUAGAUCUCGUUGACUUUGGAUGCAUUCGUGUCUGUGUCUCUGUGUGUGUGUGUGUGUGUGUGUGUGUGUGCAGAUAAAGAGGAGCCUGCAGACCUACUCAGUGGAGGACUCGCGGAAGAACAGAUAUAGGUUCCAGGUGCACACCAAGAUAGCCGACAUCAAGAAGGGUAAGGGAGGGAGGACAUAAAAGGAGGCAGGCCAUGCGGGCUGGGCUGGGCCGGCGGGGCGCCAGGGCCUGCCUCACUGCUGGCGUGUGCUGUGUGUGACUGUCGUGACAAUAUGUAUGUACAGAGGUAUGGGACAGGUGUGUGUCCGAGACGGACAGCCCGUUCGUCGAGUAUGACUGGCUCUACUCACUGGAAGAGUCCAACUGUGCAUGCGAAGGCACAGGUAAGCCGUCAAGUCAGAUAAGGGCAGGAAGGAGAAGGGCAGGGCAGACAAGGCGGGCGAUGCUGCCUGCUCGCGUGUCUAUCUCUCUGUCAGGUUGGGCGCCGUUUCACCUGACUGUCCACGAGGAGGAGGCACCCGAUGAUGACAUCCUCGCCGUCGUGCCCCUUUACAUCAAAACGGUCAGUGAGUGAGAGGGGACAGCCCUUCGGCCAGCUGUGGCGUUUCUGUUGUGUGUGUGUGUGUGUGGCAAUGCAAUGCAGCACUCGAACGGUGAGUACAUCUUCGACCAUUCAUGGGCGGACUUCAGCUACUCCAACGGAAUCCCCUACUUCCCCAAGCUGCUCUGUGCCGUCCCAUUCACCCCGGCAGGCGGGGCGCGCAUACUCAUAAGGCCCUCAUACACGGACGAGAGAAACUUCCUCAGGUUUUUAACUAAGACACACACGAGGAAUGACUGAAUGCAUCAAUCAAUUGUCGUGUUGUUUGUGUCAUCUCAUCCAUUAUCUUAAUGAAUGAAUGGUCAGGAGGAUCAUAGCGUCGUUCAUGCGCAAGUUGGCAGAGGACUCCAACAUAUCCUCUGUGCACGUCAACUUCUGCACUCAAGAAGAGGUCGGCGGAGCGGAAGGACACACACAACCAACUAUCGACCCAUCCAUCCAUCCAUCUGUGUGUCGUGCAUGGCCGGCCAUGUGUGUGGGCGUGGCGUGCGUCAUUCCAUGUGAUGCCAUGUGAUGUGUGUGGUGUAUAGGGUGAGUCUCUGGAGGCGGUGGGUUACAUGCCUCGCAAGAGCACGCAGUUCCACUGGCGGAACUACAACAAGGACACCGGCCAGAGAUACACCAGCUUCGACGAAUACCUCAGCAUGUUCAAGGUGAGUUGGGUGCGGUGUGGUGCACCACACACACACACACAGAGAGAGAGCGCGAUGCCACAAUCCACCCAUCCAUCCAUCCACCCACACUGGUGGGGUGGGUGUGCGUGUGGUGCCACCAGGGCAAGAGGCGGGGAGCCAUCAAGCGUGAGAGGCGAGCCGUCUACGAAAAAGAGGGGUGCGAGCUGGUCGUACUCAGAGGUAGGUACACAGAGGUCCAGUCCAGUCCACCUCACACACACACACACGCCACCAACCGCCAUGCCAUGCCAUGCGUGUGCUGUGCGUGCCUCUGUGCCCUUUGCAGGUGACGACAUAACCCCGGCUUUGUACAGGACGGCCUUCGAGCUCUACAAGACCACCAUCGAUAAGCUCAUCUGGGGCAGGCAGUACCUCUCAGUGCGAUUCUUUGAGCUGCUUCAAGAGACGGGGUGGGGGAGGCGGAACCUGUGUCUGAUCCUGGCCAAGAAGGACGGCCGCAUCGUCGCCGGCACCAUCAAUGUCGUGAAGGCAGGGCACUUCUACGGGCGGUACUGGGGGGCCUUUGAGGUGAGGGAGGGGGCAGAUGGGAUGGAUGAGCGGGGGCUGGAUCAGCCUGACACACACAAGUAUGGAUGUGUGUGUGUGUGUGUGUGUGUGGCCUCUGUGUGAGUAGUUUGUGAAGAAUCUUCACUUCGAGACGUGUUAUUACAAGUCUGUCGAGUACUGCAUACAAGAAGGUCGGUUGGUUGGUCGGUCAGCAAGCCCGCCCGCCAUGCACGCACAUCCCAUACCAUCAUCCAUCCCUCCAUCCCUCCCUGCGCCUGUGUCUGUGUGGUGUGAACUUGAUAUACCUUACAGGUAUUGAUGCGAUGCAGCCAGGCGCUGGAGGGGGCGACUUCAAAUUCAUGAGGGGCUACGACCCCGCCAUCUGCCACUCAUCGCACUUCAUCGUCAGACCUGAACUAAGACGAGGUCAGUAUGCAAGCCACAACACACCAUCAACACGCACAAGAGCACAGAGACACUCACUCUGUGCUGUCGACUCGACUCGACUCGACUGGACUCGACUUGACUGUACAGCGAUACGUGCGUUCCUUGAGAUGGAGCGUGACAGGGUGCAGAUGGUGGCAGACGAGCUCAACGAGAAGACCAAGGUGAGGGGGGCCGACCGGUCACAGACCGCCGCACAGGCGGCCGUCACAGACGACCAGGAGGAAGAGCGAGACGGCUAUGAGAAAAAGGGCAGCGAGGCGGGCAGGGAGGGGAGGGAGGGGAGGAGAGAAGAGACAUAGGAGAGA